GCAUUCCCACCGGCAGAUUUCAUAUGCACAGAAAUGUGCAGAGUUGUGCCUUGCCUCCAGCCACUGGCAGCCACACUGUCACGCCAAAUAAAAGGUCCCUCCCUUUAAUUUAACUGUGAUGUUAUUGGCCCCUGAAAGGAUACAUUAAGCUUAAAGGAAGGAGAGGGAUAGGGAGAGAGAAUAUGAGGAAAUAAUCGCACUACUUGAAGAGCUUUUAUUAAGAGACUCUGCAACCAAAAGAUCUCCAGGAGUGUAUGGUAUACAGAAUACCCUCAAGAUGGAGAUGGUCUGGAUAGUUCUGUGUCUUCAGCUCCUCCUCUGCCAGACAUGGGCCCUGUCUUCAUACCAUCACUUAGACCGUAUGCUCAAUGCUCAAACAGCUCUCAGGUCCUUGGAUGAGCCAAUGAGGAUUGACCCCUGCUGUCUUCUGGCCCCUCCCCCACCCCCACUCUUCCCUCCACCCUCCCUGCUCUGGAAACAAGGGACUACGGUUGACUACCCAGUGAAAGAGGGAGGAGGAGGAGGAGGCGGGGAGGAGGAAGAACAGAGGUAUAAACAUCUGCCUGUGAUCAAUGGAUGUAAACCAGGACCCCAGGGACCCAACGGACCCCCAGGACCAGAGGGUACCAGUGGAAUGCCAGGAAUUAGUGGACCAAAGGGAGACAAGGGAGAGAUCGGACGACCAGGGUCAAAGGGUCGUACUGGUCCUCUUGGGUUACCAGGUAGACAGGGACCAGCCGGAUGGCCCGGUCCAGAGGGACCCAAAGGAGAGAAAGGAGAGCCGGGUCUGAUGGGUCUGCCGGGGUUGAGAGGACCACCUGGAAACAAGGGUCUUCCUGGUUAUAAAGGAGAGAAGGGGUCUCGUGGUAAUUCAGGCGUAUUAGGACCAAAGGGCAACAAGGGCUCCGCAGGUCUCUCUGGGAUGUUGGGACAGAAGGGUGAGAUGGGAUCGAAGGGAGACUCAGGAAUUUCAGGGAAGAGAGGACCAACUGGCCGACCUGGGAAGAGAGGACAACAUGGUAUGAAGGGUCAGGGAGGAAGCCCAGGUCCUAUGGGUCCUACAGGUCCUGCUGGUCCCUCUGGUCACCCUGGACCCCCUGGACUUCCUGCCUCAGGCCUGUACCUGGUAGGGGAGAAGGGAGAUAAGGGUGUAGCGGGAUCUCCAGGUGUCUGUGACUGUAACACCUACGGUGGUAACACCCCUCUGGGAGUCAACAACCCACACUACGGCAGUUACACCCAACGAGGCAACUACCACAAAGUCCCAGUGAUCUUUGUAGUGGACAGUGAGGAGGAGUUGGAUCGUCUCCACACGGUCAAUGCCAUCGCCUUCAGGAAGGACCAGAGAUCCCUCUACUUCAAAGACAAAGACGGCUGGCAGCCCAUACAGCCCUUCAAGCCGCUCCAGUCGACAGAGAAGGUUCCGGAGCGGGUGGGUGUGUGUGGGGACGGACUGGUGCAGAACAGAGAGGAGUGUGAUGAUGGAAACAGCGUCGUCACAGAUGCCUGUCUCAAUUGUAGGUGGGCGUACUGUGGAGAUGGCUAUCGUCAUGAGGGCAUGGAGGAGUGUGAUGGAAAAGACUUUGGUUACCAGACCUGCACAUCAUAUCUCCCUGGGUCUUUUGGCCAUCUCAGAUGUACUGGGUCCUGUUCCAUCGAUUCUACUGGCUGCAAAUACUUUACCUGAGCCAAUGAGAAGAUGGCAGCAUUGCAGUAUUACCAAUUGUGAUUGGUCCACCUUCAGGGAGCCUCUUCAUGUUGUGGUCUAUACUUCAGCUCUGUUCCGGAGUGUUCCAUAAAGAAGGCUUGAAUUGUCUGCAGCACUUUUCAAAGCGAUGCAGAGGGGGGAGGGGGGGGGGGACGAGUCCGUAGCUCCAAUAUGACAGACUGUGUGUACCUAUGAAAAACGAAGAAAAAAAAUUCCUCUAAGCUACUAUUGGGGGACAGCUUUGGCCACAGGAGACCCCUGUAUUCCGCAUGACUAUGGCUGUGUGACUGUUCUAGUGGCUCUACGCUGGUAUCUCUGGCUGUAGCACUGUUAAAGAAAUAUUAAAAGACACUGGUGCACCUUGCGCAAUAGGUGUAAGUUAUACAGUAAGUUUUACAGUAAGUUUUACAGUAAGUUAUACAGUAUGAUUGUAAUGUGUAUAAGCUAAAAUAUCGCAGUAAAGUUAAACUUGAUGUUUCAAUAUCCAUUUGACAUGCAUCUCAAACAAAAACAAAAAAAAUAUUUUUACCAUGUCCAGCACGUAGCUAUAGCAACCUCGGACCACUUGUGUGAAUUUAGACUGACAGUUAAAAUGUGACGGAGCCAUUGACUGUUAAUUCAAUGAUGGUCUCUUUACCAGUCCUCUGCAGAGUGAGUAAAGAUGCAUUCUGUAACUUUAGCUUCCUCACUACGCUCUUAAAAAAAUAAAGGUGCAAAAGUUGGAAACAAAUAAAGUUAUUGAUAGCGAUGCCAUAGGGUAACCAUUUUACGGUCUCUGAAGAAGAAAUACAUUGUGUGGUUCUUUGAAGAACCAUACAAAAAUCCCAAACCAGAAAUGUUUUCGCCCCUCCGGGACCCGGAAUUGAAUAGACCUGCUGUAGAGUUUUAAGCCUUAUUUGCAUAUUUCACAGGGUGGCUUUUGAGUGAAUUUUAGGUACCAUUACCACCCAGGACUUUGUUUUCUUAGUGACAGAGACAUCUUUUUUUUUGCAUUCCUUCAUUUUCAGUCCUGUAGCCUUCACCAAGUGAGAUUCAAAGUGAAUAGGUCGUUAUUAAAAAUUCCAAUAUUUAAGACAAUACAUAUUUCAUAAGGCCUUCUGUUGAGAGCCUAGUUUUGAACCCUAAUACAGUGGCCUGAAACUCAUCGUUUACAGGCCACAUCAAGCCUGCAAGUCACAUUAUACUGGCUUGUGAGACGAUGUGUAAUUCCUAUUGGAAUCCAGCCAGACUGGAGAUAUUCAACAUGUUGAAGUUUUAUUCACCAGUAACCUGCAUUCAGAAUGACUGCCAGUGUUGGGAAGACAAAUAUAUGAGACUACCUUAAAUAUUUAAACUGGGACAACAAUUUCAAUUUCAGUACAAUUUCGGGUGCAAUAAGUCCAAGUGACAGAUUGGAAUUGUUUAGAAAAAUGUUUUUAUUUAUAUUUAACUAGCAUAAGAUUUAUGAAUCAAUCAAUGUACAUGCAAAAACAUAGAUAUUGAAACAAACAAUUUAAAAAAAUCUAACUGCAAUAGAGCAUGCUGGGAAAUAUGAUAAUGAUGGGCGUGGUUUUGGUUCAACUCUAGUUAUUAACACCAACACGGGUGUUAUUUUACACCGCUUAGUGUUAAUUUAACUCUUCAAAGUGUUAAUUUAACUGUUCAAUCAACACUAUAAGUGUCACACUGAAAUAAUUAACACUAGUUUAGACAGGCCAGUUUGCUGUGUUUGCUAUGAAAGGGACACAUCUGCAGGCUUCCAUACAUUUUCAAGAACCUUCUAGAAUUCUGAAGAACCAUUGAUGCCACGUCAAGAACCCCACGCUUCGCUCAAAGGUUCUUUUAUCGGGCGAGAGUUCUCCAAGGAACCUUAAGAGCUGAGGAAGAACCAUUUUAAGAACCGUAAUUUUUUUCAGCAUUAACAAAGAGUACUAUUCAGCCAAGAUUGUCUUUCCAAAGAAGGGUCUGAUACUGUAUUGAUGCACAUUAAGAGUGUGUAAAUAGCUUUGCUUGAUGUAUUGAAUCUUUAUUUAAUUAUUUGAGAACAAAUGAUAUCUUACGAUAAGGACCUAUUUGUAUUUAUAUAUGUAUGAAGUGACUAUAAUGGGUGUGCUGCAGCUACAUGUGGAUGCUUGUGUGUAGGAUCUACUGUAGGAUCUACUGCAGAGUAGGACUGUUUAUGCUCUGGUCUACUGCAGAGUAGGACUGUUGAUGCUCUGGUCUACUGCAGAGUAGGACUGUUGAUGCUCUGGUCUACUGCAGAAUAUGACUGUUGAUGCUCUGCUCUAUUGCAGAAUAUGACUGUUUAUGCUCUGGCUACUGCACAGAGUAGAGCUAUGUACAAUCAUUGUGGCCUUUUAGGCAUAAUAUGUAUUUAUACAUUGUGUGAAUUAUAGUGUGUUUAUGGGCUAUUUUAUAAAAUAAUCUGAUAUCGAACUGUAGCCAUUGAUGAAGUAUGUGAAUGUUACACUAGCAUGAUAUAAAUUAAAUAACACACACUGUUUCAUCUCUCUCGAUAUAAAGUUAAAUUCAACCAGCUUUUGCCAAAAUGAAUAGUUGAUGGUCUGUUUAUUAUUUGUAUACCUGAGAAAUGUGAGUUAAAAUAAAUAAAAAAGUAAAUCGAAGUUUCAAAA